UCUUCUCUUUGUAUCAGUAGCGGUAAGUGCAAAAUGAAGCAUCCUAUGCGUCUCUUCCCAGCUGUUUUCCUGCUGCUGCUGCUGCUUGUGGCCACUGAGAUGGGGCCAAUGAUGGCGGAGGGAAGAAAAUGCGAAUCGCAGAGCCACAAAUUCAAGGGAAUAUGCUUGAGUGAUACUAACUGCGCUUCAGUUUGCAAAACGGAAGGCUUCACCGGUGGAGAUUGCAAAGGUGCACGUCGUCGCUGCUUCUGCACUAGGCAAUGUUAGCCUACGAUCGAGAGUAUGAGUAGUGCUCUUGAGAGUGGAGACCAUAAAAUCUAAAAUAGAAUUUCCAUCUGUUGGCUUCAGAAUAAGAAGAUUAUCUUAUCAUGUUCUUGUAUUGAGUGUUGCUUAAUUAUCUCUAAAAUAUAAUAACCUUAUCUUGGCUUGCCUUGGAUAA